ACAACCUCAUUUAUAUAGAUAUUAGCCGAAAUCAAUUUUCAGGUCCGAUUCCUGAGUGUUUGGAAACCUGUCUUCUUUAAGACAUAUUAUUCUCAGCUCUAACAUGUUGAAUUCAAGCAUACCUGCAAGCUUAUCUGGCCUAAAAGAUUUGUUGAAUCUUGACUUGUCCUCAAAUUCAUUGACUGGUUUUCUACCUCAAGAGAUAAGUAACUUCGGAGUCGCAAUCUCUAUAGAUCUAUCGAUGAAUCAGUUCAGGGUCUAUUCCCAGCACUAUUGGAAAAUUGCAGAGUUUGGCGAAUCUAUCUUUGGCAAAUAACAGACUGGAAGGUCCUAUUCCAGUUUCAAUGGGAAGCAUGCUCAGUUUGGUGACUCUUGACUUGUCCCACAACAAUCUAUCUGGUUCGAUUCCGAAGUCAUUUGAAGCACUUCAAUACCUCAACUACUUCAAUGUCUCUUUCAAUGUUUUGAGUGGAGAAAUUCCUAGUGGUGGUUCUUUCAAAAACUUCACUAUGGAUUCUUUUAUAGGCAAUGUGGCAUUGUGUGGGAUUCCGAGGUUCCAUGUCUCGACUUGCCUUGUUGUUUCUAAUCACAGAUCAAGGUGGAACAAGGUGAAACGAGUUUCAUUUGUUGCUCUUGGAGUUGUGGCUUUCAUUUCAAUUGCUUUUCUGGCUUUUAUCAUUGUCAGAUGCAAAAGGAAGGAUAGUACAUGUAGAGAAGUUAAUGAGUUGACAUCUAUUGUGCCUGAAAGAAUAUCUUAUUAUGAACUUGUGCAAGCAACUGAGCAAUUCAAUGAGAGAAAUCUGUUUGGAACUGGGAGUUCUUGCUCUGUUUACAAAGGAAUUCUUAACAAUGGGAAGAUUGUGGCUGCUAAGGUUUUUAAUCUUCAAGUAGAAGGUAUUUCAAGGAGGUUUGAAGUCGAAUGUGAGAUACUUCGUAGCAUUCGACACAGGUGCCUUACCAGCGUCAUAAGUUGUUGUUCAAAUGAACAGUUCAAGGCAUUAGUACUUGAAUAUAUGCCCAAGGGGAACCUUGAUAAAUGGUUAUAUUCCCAUGACUAUUGCUUGAAUCUAAUAGAGAGAAUCGAUAUAAUGAUUGAUGUUGCAUCUGCUUUGGAGUAUCUUCACUAUGGUUAUUCGACACCUAUUGUUCACAGCGAUUUGAAGCCAAGUAAUAUAUUAUUAGAUGAAAACAUGGUUGCUCACGUAAGCGAUUUUGGGAUAGCAAAGUUGCUAGGAAAUGGAGAUAGUGUGGUGUUAACCAACACCCUAGCAACAUUAGGUUACAUUGCUCCAGAGUACGGUUUGGAAGGGCUGGUUUCGACAAGGUGUGAUGUGUAUAGCUACGGUGUGAUGUUGAUGGAAACUUUUACCCGAAAAAGGCCAAGUGAUGAUAUGUUUGGAGAAGAUUUGAGCUUAAAGAGAUGGGUAGAAGUCUCAAUUGGAGAGACUCCGGAUGAAGUGAUAGAUGUUAAGUUAGUGAUGAACUUUAAGGAAGUACAUAUUGACAAGAUUGUGCAAUGGAAGUACAUAUUGACAAGAUUGUGCGAUGUGUAUCAUCCAUACUUGAAUUGGCUUUGAAAUGCUCUGCUGAUUCUGCAGGGGAUGGAAUCAGCAUGAAAGAGGCACAUCCGGAGCUGCAGAAAAUCAAACGUAGAUUUUUGCAGUGCGACCAACCAAAGUAAGAUUGAUUCGAUGAAGCAAAUUCAGGGAAGCUACGACAAUUCCUAGAUGAUGACAUUACACAUUUGAUUUGAGCCUUGCCUUGUUGCUAGCUAUGUUUUAUACAUGAACUUGUGUUUUUUUUUAAUGAAUGGUAAUUGUGUGUUUUUAUGUUGGAUUAUAGAGAAUUUUGAGCUCAUAGUGUGAGUUUUGUAAAAUUGUCUGGAUGGCUUAUUAAGGAAUUUGAGAUCCAUGUAUAGAUCAUGCUUUCUUGAGAUGUUAUGUAAAGCUAAUAGUUAGCAUUUCACCUGAA